UGAUGCGAUACGCGAGCCGCCCGUUAUAUCUCUGUGGGGUAGCAACGCUAACAUCAUCAAUGUCCGGAUGGAAACCUCAAAGGAAAGGACAAUUGUGGUGCUCGGAGCAUCUUACGGAGGAUUCAGGGCGGCACAGAUCCUGGCAGAGAGCCUGCCUCCGGAAUGGACUUUGAUAGUUCUAGAACGGAACUCGCACAUGAAUCACGUCUAUGUCUUCCCAAGAUGCGCCCUCAUGGCGGAAUACGCUCCGCGAGCCUUCAUACCCUACGAUAAUCUUUUUCCUGCACUGUCUCCGGAAAGAUGUCGUGCAGUUUUGAUCCAUGCCACGGUCCUAGGGAUGACCUCUCAUUCGGUACGCUUUCAACGGCAUGGAGCCUCAGAAACAGAGAAGAUGGACUUUACCUACGCCAUCUACGCUCUAGGUAGCGGGAUGCCGGGACCGGUCAAUAUCUGGACUUCAGAUCACGGCCUAGGGAAUGGAAGUACUGGCACGAAACGCCACGGGAUCACCUGGAUGGAGCAGCAGUCUCAGAUGUUUGUUAAUGCCAGAGACGUCUUGAUAGUUGGCGGCGGUGCGCUAGGUAUACAAUUCGCCACGGAUCUGAAAGAGUUGUUCCCGCACAAGGAUGUGACUUUGCUCCACUCGCGUUACCGCCUCUUGCCCAAAUAUCCGGUCGCCGUGCACGACAUGUGUGUCAAGAGGAUGGCGGACAUGGGUAUACUGACCGUCUUUGGCCAGCGUGUUCAUACCUGGCCUGUGAACAAACCGGGCCGGAAAAAGGUGCAGACCGAAACAGGGGCUGUUUACGAAGCAGACAUCGUCCUCUGCUGUACUGGGCAGAAGCCUCAAAUCGCUAUCCUUGCCGCAAUGAGUCCUCUCAGUAUCAACCAAGAGACCGGUAGGAUUGCUGUUCUUCCAACACUGCAAUUGGCUUCUCCGAGGGGGCAGCUCCUUAGUCACAUCUUUGCCGUUGGAGACUGCGCGGAUACUGGAGCCAUCCAAGCUGGUAAUACAGCGUAUCGGCAGGCUGAAGUGGCGGCGAAAAACAUCUUGGGCCUCGUCAAAGGCUUGCAAACUGGGGAUGUGCCAGAGCUCCAAAACUACCACCCUGGAAAACCUAUGAUCAAAUUAUCGCUUGGCAUCAAGACCCUGAUGAACGCUACUGGCGAAAAGAUCGAAGUCACAGAGAAUGGCAAAGAGGAUUUGGAUGCUCUCAGUAUGUGGUGA